AUGCAAUGGAGAAAAGGCUUCAAUUACCUAGUCUUGUCUAAUAAUCCCACAAACCAAGGUUGUGAUUUCAACCUUCCAGUUAAGCUUGCACCUGCAUCUAACUGCCACAACACUGCCACUGCCACUGCCACAAGAGCCAUUAAACCAACCCACAUUUUCUGCCAAAGCGUUGCAUCACAAGAACUCGCAAACUAUGAUAAGUUUAUCAUUAGUGAUCCUGUAUCAAUCAUGACAUAUCCAAUUGAUAGACUCGAAGUCGAUGUUUAUGAAGCUGAAGAUGAUGAAAAAAGAAUGAAUGAUAGCUAUGGUUAA